AUGAGCUUCCGACCACUACUGCCCCGGCCAAUUGCAGUGCGGGAAAAAAACUCAGUAUGCCUGCGAUGCUGGAGGAGGCUUUCCAAAGCGCCGCCACAGUCACGGCAGGCAUUCUCGUCGAUUUCGUCGUAUAGAGCCAGUGCUGUGACUGCCGGGAAAGACACCAACACCUUCGCCAACGGCUAUUUCCGGGCGAAUCCAUUAUUGAAGGAUUCGUUUUGGACAUCGAAACACCAGUUGCAGAGUUCAAUCGUUUCAAUACGAUCGGGAAAUGGACAGCAGCCAAAUAAAGAGAAUGUUACGGCCACAGCAGAAGAAGUCCUCCCACAUAGACGGCGGAAAAAAGCCAAAGAGCAGGCAAUGGAAGAUCCGGAGACAGCCUAUCCCAUCCCCCACGAUGCGUCGUCGAAACUAGCAAACAUAUCCUCGAGUCUCCCGAAUCAAUCUCUAAAGCGCCUCUUAACCACUUACCUCUCACUAUCGAAACCCCGCCUCUCCUUCCUCGUCGUCCUCACUGCUACUGCCGCAUACUCCUUAUACCCCGUCCCCGGACUGCUAGCUCCCGCUGCAACCGCCACACCCUCGCUCUCAACCCUUACACUCUUCUUCCUUACAUCGGGGACAGCGCUCUGCUCGGCCUCCGCAAAUGCUCUCAACAUGCUCAUGGAGCCCGAGCACGACGCCAAAAUGAGCCGUACGCGCAACCGGCCGCUCGUCCGGAAACUCAUCAGCCCACGCGGGGCCAUUGCGUUCGCCAUUGCCUGCGGCGUCUUCGGCACCGGCGCACUAUAUUACGGCGUCAAUCCCACCACGGCGUUUCUCGGCGCAGCAAACAUUGUCCUCUACGCCGGCGUGUACACGCCCAUGAAGCGCAUGCACGUGCUCAACACAUGGGUGGGCGCCGUAGUCGGAGGAAUUCCACCGUUAAUGGGCUGGACGGCGGCUGCGAACCAGUACGCCCACGACGGCACAUGGCAGGAACUGCUAUUCGGCGAGGGAUCCGCUGGCGGCUGGCUAUGCGCCGCGCUCCUGUACGCCUGGCAGUUUCCCCACUUCAACGCGUUGAGCUGGUCUAUCCGCGACGAGUACCGUAACGCGGGGUAUCGCAUGCUGGCCUGGGUUAAUCCCGCCAUGAACGGUCGUGUUGCGCUCAGAUAUGCCAUUCUCAUGUUUCCCAUUUGCAUUGGCUUGUCGUACAGCGGCGUCACCGAUUGGAGCUACGUAGUCACCAGUAGCGCAGUCAAUGGCUGGAUGGUGCUUAAGGCUUGGCAGUUUUGGAAGGCUGAGGGGAACAAGGGCACGGCGAGGGGUCUGUUCUGGGCGAGUAUCUGGCACCUUCCAAUUGUCAUGGUGUUGGCUAUGGCGCAGAAGAAGGGGCUGGGCGAGCGGCUUUAUAGGAGUGUUUUUGGGUAUGCGGAUAUUGAUGAGGAGGAUUUGUAUUAUGAGGCUGGGGAGUUGGAGGAGGAGGAACGUAAGCAGUUGGCGCUUGUGGAGGGGAGGCCAAAGGCGUGA